CCUAUCGUCGGUCGCUCCGGCCGACAGCAUAAGACGGGCGCUGGCCGGCGCUGCCGCAGCUUCACGCCCGCUGUAACCAAGAGCACCCGCCGCGCCAGGAUCAGGUCAGGUCAGGUCAAGAUGGCGCGCCGACACCUCCGCAGCCUGCUGCUUUGCCUGUCGGUGGCAGUGCUUUGCGCGCCACUCACUGCAGGUCAGAGGUGUGAGGGGAAGCAGUGUCCGGCGGCGCCGCAGGAGCUGGCGGCAGACGAUGUGACGCGCCUGCUGGAAACGGUGCUGCGGGCCCAGCCCCCGUCUCCCCUGCUCCUGGGCACGGACGGGCAGUACCCGCGGGACAAGCGGGUCCGCACGCACGCGGCCGGUUUCGCCCGCGCCUGGAUGAACCGGAUGCGGUCUCGCGAGAGGCGACCCUUCCUGCGCCUGUCGAGCCGCCCUCUCUGGAGCCGCCCCUCGCAGUAGAGCCCGCUGGCUGCAGCCGGCGGGCGCGGGGUCGCCGAGCGGACUGCGACUACGCUGGGCCGUCGGUUCCGCGGGCGCCCGGCGAAGCGCGGGACAACCGCGGGUGCUGGCCGGUGCCGCCUGCAGAUGCGCGCACGUCACCAGCGCCGUUCUCAGCGUGUGCGAUGUAGGCGGCGCGCCGCUGUCCUGGUGAGGACAAUACGCCGCGCCCAUGUAAUGUGUGUUGCCCGUAGCUGCUCGGCGAUGUGCGAAUCCCGCAUUUUUGUAGCCUCCUCCGAAUGUCCGUGGAUAUGUAUAUGUUCUAGAUGUAAGGGCUGCUUGAUCUUCAACAGUUUAGGUGAGUGACAGGAGAAAAUGAUAGUCUUGUAGAAAAAAUAAAGGAUUUGCGUUAUUGUCUGGCUUUUGAUCUUCAACUUUCACUAUUUUGCUCACCGCAUCCAAUGUAUUAUGCAUCAUCGUAUAUCAAUGCACUCUCAAUGAUUAUAUUCGGCCAUGUAUGUGGAGUUUGGUAUGUUGUGAAAUGCAACUGACAUUGAAGGUUUGGCCGCAGCCGCUGACGGUGUGUUGCUUUGCGUGCUGAUUUUUGUCACAUUAAACGAGAGAUAAACUCGAUUACCCGCAUGUGUUAUGUAGUAUGUCAAUAAA